AUGUGUGACACCAUCUUCGCAUUUGGUCAAAGAGGUGGCCACUUUCUUCAAUGUCCUUCAAAACGUGACCAUUCUCGCCUGCCGAAGAGACUUCAGAUUCUGCUCAGUUCGAAACAAGUGGGAGAGGUGCAUCACGUGACGUUGGGAUAUCAGAGCAGCUUUCUCAUAACGUAUCGAGACAAACAGGGGGUGGAUCAUAUAGCUUCCGAGAACCUCCCCACUGAGCUACACGACUUCCUCUAUGCCAAAAAUGAGAAAAAUAUCUACCUCCGCUCGAUACCAAAUCUUCGCCUCACUCUGGGGCCUUACAAUGCAUCCUUCUUUGCUGGUGAUGGUUCAUCUUACCUCUGGAUGAACCUUCCUCCCCUUCUCCUAGAGAAACUGCAAUCAAGGAUUCAGAACGGUGCCUUUACGGACCAACCUCGCAUCGUCGCUCUCGGCGCGGACAACGACUUCCUCCUCAUCACCGAAAAGGACGCAGCAAUCUGGGAUCUAGGAAACUACCGCAUGCUAUCCCAAAUGCUGGAUUAUGCACGUAGGCAAGACCGUGGCAUUGAGGAAGUUGUGAACGUGACACUUCACCCAUACCGGUAUGGCGGCUUCGUGGCGCAAUCGCGAAAUGGCACCUUGAUGUACGAUAAUAUGCCUCAGUGGACCAUGGAUGGGAUAGAAGGUAUGAAAGACGCCAUUGUGCGAGAUUCUCGUGAAACAGUCGUGAAGAGGCGGCAGAGGGAUUCGCAGCGACGAGCACACGAAUUUGCAUCCAGGGCGAGGGAGUGGGAAGAUAGAAUGGACACUUUUGAAAGGACGGCGAAUGCGAAUAGGUGGAAAUUGAGCUUGAGCUUGAACAUUGGGCCCGCGGGUAUUGGGUUUCGAAAGGUGUUCGGUUGA